AUGCCCUCAAAAGAGAAAAAAACUGCAGGAACGGAGGAAACUGAAGAGGUGGAUUGCGACGUGGAGGAAAAGGAGCCAAAACCGAAAGGGAAGAGCAAGUCUGACGCCAACGGAGACACCAAGCCAGACGGACAGAAGAAGAGGAAGAAACACAAGAGCCCAGAGGAGUCUGAGGAGGAACCAGAGAAAGACAGGAAGAAAAAAGGGGAACGCCACGAUAAGAAGAAAGAGAAAAAAGAUAAGAAGGAAAAGAAAGCAGAAGAUGAGCAAGAGAAGGGGGAGGGGGAUGAAGUGAUUGAAAAUGAGGAAGAGGGGGAUGAAGUGAUUGAAAAUGAGGAAGAGGGGGAUGACGAGCAGAACAACAAUGACAACAUCAAACCCAAGAAGAAGAAAUCCGAAGAAGAGGACAUGACCGAGGGAGAAGUUAAAGAGGAGAAGAAGAAGAAGAAGAAGAAGAAGAAGUGGUCUUCCGAGGGAGACCAACAGGGAGAGGAGGAGAUGGGGUCCAAAGACAGGAAGUCCAAAGAUGGAGGGAAGAAGAAGAAGAAAAAGAAGAAGAAGCCGAAGAAGGGAUCGGCCGACAGCGACGAGGACAAGAAAGAGAAGAAAGAGAAGAAGGGGAAAAAGAGCAAGGCCAAGCAGGUGGACUACGCUGAGAUCUACCACAAUGAGCUGCUGACCUACCAAACAGACUCCUCCGAUGGCUAUGAGGAUGAGUACCACAAAAAGAAAGUGUAUGAGGUGGUGACUGUCACAGGUGAUGUGAGAGGGGCAGGCACAGACGCCAAUGUGUUUGUCACUCUUUUUGGAGACUUUGGCAUCACUCCCAAAGUGCACCUGGCCAGCAAAAGCCGAACGGCAUUUGAGAAAAAUAAGACGGACGUGUUCCGGAUUAAAACACACAAUGUUGGGCCCUUGAAGAAGCUGAGGAUUGAACAUGACAACACAGGUGGCUUGAACGCCAGCUGGUUCCUGGACCGGGUCGUGGUGACCGAUAUGAAUCGUCCACACCUGCGGUUCUACUUCCCUUGCAAUAACUGGCUGAGCCGUGAGGAGGGGGACGGCCUGUAUGUCAGAGACCUGCUGGGCAGCCUCAACCCCAUGGACGUCCCCAAACUGAAUAAAUACAUAGUGAGUGUGUUCACUUCUGCUGAGAAGGGCAGCGGGACAGAUGCUGACGUCUUCCUGAAUAUCUUUGGAGAGCAUGGAGAUACAGGGGAGAGACGGCUGGACAGUGACAAAGAUAAUUUUGAGCGAGGCACGGAGGACAAGUUUACUAUUGAAACACCAAACCUGGGAAGGCUAAAGAAAAUCACCAUUGGCCACAACAACAGGGGCUCAUCAGCUGGAUGGUGUCUGGAUAAGGUGGUGAUUGAUGACAUGGGGAACAAGGAGGUGUAUGAGUUUCCAGUGAAUCGCUGGUUCGCCAUGGACGAGGAAGAUGGAAAGAUACAGAGAGAUGUGUUGGUGGGAGCAACACAGCCCAUGGCGGUUGUGUACAACGUCCAGGUGAUGACGGGCAACGUGAGAGGUGGGGGCACCAACUCUAAGAUCCACAUCAUCAUGCACGGCACCAAGGGCCUGAAGAACAGCGGCAAGGUGUUCCUGGAGGGUGGUGCAUUCGAACGGGGGCUCAUCGAUAUCUUCAACGUGGAGAUUGCUGCGUUGCUCAGCCCACUCAGCAGGGUCACCAUCGGACACGACAACGGAGCUGUUGGGGCCGGCUGGUAUUGCGAAAAGGUGACAGUGUACUGCCCAUUCACAGGCAUUGAGCAGACGUUUCCCUGUUGCAAGUGGCUGGAUGAGGAUGAGGGAGACGGACUGAUCGAGAGGGAGCUGUACGAGAUGGUGUCCCUCAGGCAGAAGAAACUUAAGAAGUACCCAUGGUCCCUGUGGAUCUGGACGUCAGACGUGAAGGGGGCAGGGACGGACGCCCAGGUCUUCCUGCAGAUCUACGGUGAGAAGGGCAAGUCAGACGAGAUGAGACUUGAGAACAACUCAGACAGCUUUGAGCAGGCUCAGCUGGAUAAGUUCAUGAUUGAGAUGCCAGACAUUGGAAAACUGACGAAGGUCCGUAUCUGGCACGAAAAGAGACAUCCUUUCGCAGGCUGGCAUUUUGCUAGGGCCACGGUGAUGAAGACUCUGACGAGGGAGAAGUACUCAUUUAACUGUGGCCGCUGGCUGGACAUCAACGAGGACGAUAAUGAGAUCAUCAGAGAGCUGCCUGCCACCGGAGCUCUCAUCCCAGAGCCUUUACCAUUGCUGAAGUAUCGCAUCACCAUCUGUACGGGGAAAGUGAGUGGAGGAGGCACUGAUGCCAGCGUAUUCCUUAAUGUGAUCGGGGACCUGGGAGACACAGGGGAUCGACUCAUGUUCCUCAGCAAAAACAACGUCAACAAGUUUGAAAAGGGCAACGCCGAUGAGUUCCUGAUCGAGGCAGUGUCUUUGGGGCAGGUGCGCAGGGUGCGUAUCGGCCAUGAUGGGAGGGGUGGAGGCUGCGGUUGGUUCCUGGAUAAGGUGCUGGUCAGGGAGGAGGGCCAACCAGAGUCUGCGGCCAUAGAGUUCCCCUGUAACAGGUGGUUGGACCGGAAUGAGGACGAUGGACAGAUUGUCCGUGAGUUAGUGCCAGCAGGGGAUGGUCUGCGUCUCCACAAUGUCAACUACCAUAUCUCGGUGAAGACAGGCAACAUCAACGGGGCCAGCUCGGACUCCAAGGUGUUUGUCAAGCUGUACGGGGAGAAGGGCGACACCACAAGGAUACUCCUGUUGGUCUCGGACAACGACCUGAGUAACUACUAUGAGACGGGCCAAACUGAUAUCUUCACCGUCGAGACCUAUGACAUCGGACAAAUCCACCGUCUGCUGAUUGGCCACACUAACGAGGGUCUGCGUGCUGGUUGGUUCCUGGACAGUGUCCAGAUCAUUGUGCCGGCCCAUGGGAAGCAGUACCAGUUCCCCAGCCAUCGCUGGCUCUGUAAGGAUGAGGCUGAUGGCAAGGUGGAGGUGGAAAUCUACCCCAGCGAGACCAUGGACAUCGAGAAAUUGAUUAACUACGAGGUCACGGUGGUCACGGGGAACAUGCGCAAUGGUGGCACAAACGCCAAUGUGUUCUGCCAGAUCUACGGAGAGGAGGGCAAGACUGAGCUCAUCAGCCUCAAGAGCCGCUCCAACAACUUUGAGCGCGGGACCACAGAGAUCUUUAAGAUCGAGGCGCUGAACGUUGGCAAAUUAUUCAAGAUCCGCAUCGGGCACGACGGUUCGGGCGUGGGCGACGGGUGGUUCCUUGAGACGGUGGACAUCAAACGGCUCACCAUGGCCAUGGAUGAGGAGGAGGAGGAGUAUGUGACGGAGCUCCAGGAGGUGGUGGAGAGCGUGACGUUCCCCUGUCAUCGCUGGCUGGCCCGCGACGAGCAGGACGGGGAGAUCGUGGUGGAGCUCCUCCCCGAGGACCCCGGAGACCUGGAGGAGAACUCCUAUGAGGUCCAUGUGUUUACUGGCCCCAUGUGGGGAGCAGGAACCGAUGCCAACGUGUACAUCAACAUCUAUGGAGAGAUCGGUGACACGGGCGAGCGGAAACUCAGAAAGUCCAACAACCUCAACAAAUUUGAGAAGGGGCAGGAGGACGUGUUCUCCAUUCCGGCCAUCGAUCUGGGCAUUCUGAAGAAGCUGAGGAUUCGUCACGACAACAGCCAGCCUCAUGCGGCCUGGUUCCUGGACAGGGUGGAGAUAGUAGACAACAAAGACGACACCACGUACUACUUCCCAUGUAAACGGUGGCUGGCCAUCGAUGAGGAUGACGGACAGAUUGCCAGGGAGCUGGUCCCUGUGGACGAGGCCUUUAUGAAGAAGGGUAAUGAUGAUGAUGAUGAUGAUGAUGAUGAUGACGACGAGGAAGACUCCAGUGCAACACUCGGCCUGGAGCAGAAGGCCAUGUCCACCACCUACACAAUGAGGGUAAAGACUGGAGACAAGAAGUAUGCAGGCACUGAUGCCAACGUGUUUGCCAUCCUGUACGGCACAAAGGAUGAUACAGGCAUCAUAAUGGUGAAAGCAUCCAAGUUCCAUAAAGAAAAGUUUGAGCAGGCCAUGAUCGAUGAGUUUACAGUGGAAGCUGUGGAUAUUGGAACACUGAAGAAAAUACGCAUAGGGCAUGACAACUCAGGGGCGGCAUCGGGCUGGUUCCUGGACUGGGUGGAGGUGGAUGCCCCCUCCUUGGGCCAGAGGCUGAGGUUCCCCUGUGGUCGCUGGCUGGACAAGGGAGAGGACGACGGGGCCAUCGUCAGGGACCUCUUCCCUGCAGACCUCCAGACUGAGCUCUACACACCAUUUGUGCCCUAUGAGAUCAAGACUUUCACCAGUGACCUGUUUGCAGCGGGUACAGACGCAGACGUGUUCAUCGUGCUCUACGGCCGAGACGGGGUGUGCACCCAGCAGAGGUCUCUCUGUGUCAACAAGAGGGAGAGGACCAUGUACUUUGAGAGGGGAGCUGAGGACAUGUUCAUCGUUGAGUUGGAGGACGUGGGUGAUGUCAUAGAGAAGAUCCGUAUUGGUCAUGACAACAGAGGGAUAAACGGAGGCUGGCACCUGGACAGAGUGGAGAUCAGACGACUGCUGAGGAAGGGGAAGGGGUCGGAGACCAUAAUCUUCCCAUGUGAGCGCUGGCUGGCCAGGUCAGAGGAUGACGGAGAAACAGUGAGAGAGUUAGUACCUUCUGACAUCAUAACGGAGAAACUACUACGAGAUGGUACCCUGAAAGUCAGCGAGAAUGAGGUGGAAGAUGCACUGGAGACUCACACUUACAAAGUGUCUGUGAUGACGGGCGAUGUUUACGACGCAGGCACUGAUGCCAACGUCUUCCUGACCAUCUACGGAGACCUGGGAGACACCGGCGAGCGUAAACUCAGCAAGUCUGAGACCAACGGCAACAAGUUUGAGAGAGGAGCGGUGGAUAAGUUCACCAUUGAGGCGGUGGACCUGGGCCAGGUGUUUAGAAUGAAGAUUUGCCAUGACAACAGCAUGAUGAGUGCUGAUUGGUACCUGGACCAGGUGGAGGUGGUUGACGAGGAUACGGAGGAGGUCUUCCUGUUCCUGUGUGAGCGCUGGCUGUCCAGGAAGAGAGAGGACAGGCGCAUCGAAAGGAUGUUCUAUGUCAAGGGUUACGAGGGGGAGAGGGAGACUCUCCAAGGCAGUAAGAAGAGCUCAGCCCUGAUCAUGAAGAGUGUGGACAGCAACAUGAAUAAUAAGAAGAAGAAGGAGGAGAACAUCCAAGAGGAGAGUGCAAUCAUCCCAUACCACUUCACCAUCUCCACGGGGGCAGAGAAAGAUGCCAGUACCAGCAGCAGGGUCUAUGUGAUCAUCAUGGGGCCAAACCACACCCAGACAAAGAGGCUGUGGCUGGACCUGCCUGGGGGGAAGAAGUGCUUUGAGUCUGGGUCUCUGGAGUCCUUCGAGGCUCAUGGAGCUGACGUUGGAGAGAUAAAAAAAUUGGAGCUCGGACACGACGGCGCCACUCCGGAGAGCUGCUGGUUGGUUGAUGAGCUAGCUGUUGCCGUGCCAACCAAAGGGGUUAAAUACAUUUUCCAGUGUAAGUGCUGGUUGGCCAAAGAUCGGGGCGAUGGACUGACUGCCAGGGUGUUCAACGUGUUGGAUGCAGAUAGCAUCACCAUCUCCCAAAAGAUCAUCUAUGAGGUGACAGUGGUGACGGGAGAUGUUCAGAACGCUGGGACAGACACCCAGAUCUACCUGUCUGUGUUUGGGGCCAACGGCACCACAGAGGAGAUCCUGCUGCAGAAAAACGAGGACAGGUUUGAGCGAGGUCAGGAGGACACGUUCAGCCUGGAGGUCGAUGACAUCGCUCCCCUGAGGAAGAUGAGGGUCCGUAUUGACGGCUCUGGUAGCCGACCUGACUGGUUCCUGGCUAAGAUCAUCAUGCGUAACCUGACUACAGAGGAGGUGUCUGUGUUCACCUAUGAGGAGUGGCUGUCUAAGACCAAAGGACCCAAGCGGACCAUGAUCUGUGAGAUGGCUGCCGUGGUGGACGAGGAGGAGAUGGUGGAGAUCACCACCUACAUUAUCCAGGUCAAGACCAGCGACAUCGGAGGGGCAGGCACUGACGCCAACGUGUGGAUCAUUGUGUUUGGGGAGUGCGGUGACACUGGGACCCUGGCGCUGAAAGAGUGCCAGAAAUCCAACAAGUUUGAGCGCAAGCAGACAGACGUGUUCCGUUUCCCUGACGUGCUCAGCCUCGGGGAGCUCUCUAAGGUCCGGGUCUGGCACGACAACACAGGGCCUGCUCCAGGAUGGCACAUAGAAUACAUUGAUGUGAAGGAUGAGGCCAUGGACAAGACAUUCCGCUUCCCCUGCGACCGCUGGUUGGCCAAGAACGAGGAAGAUGGUCAGAUUAUGAGGGAGUUGGCUUGUGCCAACAAUGACAUUUUAGACCUCAACGAGAAGACCAAAUAUGAAAUUAUUACCACCACGGCCGACACAGACAACGCAGAGACCAAAGAGAACGUCUGGAUCGCAUUGGAGGGGAAGAAGGGACGUUCAAAAGAAUUUGUGAUGGAGAACUCAUCAAAGAAAAAGAGGUUCUUGCGGGGAAGCAAGGACAAGUUUGAGUUCUCCUCCAAACAGCUUGGUGACAUCGCUGGCAUCUGCCUGGGCCAUACCCCCAAGGAUGGGAAGAAGGUGAAAGGGGAGGCGUUUUGGCAUGUGGAGGAGGUCGUUGUCAUAGAGAAAGAGCUGGGCAACAGGUUCAUAUUCAUCUGCAACGCCCUGAUCCCCCUCUCCCCGAAGAGGGACGAGUUUGUGACCAUCGAGUGCACCAAGGCCAUCGAGAGCUUCGCCAGCAAAGCCCGCAGCCUGGUGCCCGUCAAGUACGAGAUCAUCAUCAUCACGGGCGACGAGAAGGGGGCGGGCACCGAUGCCAAUGUCUUCAUCACCAUCUACGGCUCCAAUGGUGACUCGGGCCGCCGGUCGCUACGGCAGAAGUUCCGCAACCUGUUUGAGCGUGGCCAGACUGACCGCUUCCUGCUGGAGAUGCUGGAUAUGGGUGAGCUGCUGAGGGUGUGUGUGGAGCACGACAACACCCGCCUCAGCCCCGGCUGGCUGCUGGACCGCGUGGAGGUCACCAACACGGCCAACGGCGUCACCACCAUCUUCCUGUGUGGAAAGUGGCUGGACACCAAGAAGGCGGACGGACAGAUCUUUAGGGUCCUCUACCCAAAGUACUAAACACCUCAUAUUGAGACUUCUCCACUAUAUGAAAAAACGUAUGUUAAGCCUCAGGACUCAAUUGCACAGCAGAGCAGGAGAGAGGCCUCGCAGUGUGUUGGACUCUAUCCAAGCAUCUCCAUAAUGGAGCAAAACAAACUCUUUGAAUGGAGUUUGGAUGUGGGCAACUGUUUCAUUUUUAUAAUUGCCUCAAUAUGGUCAU